AUGAGCACUUCCAGCGACGAUGACACCCCCCUCGCAGCCGUUUCAAACGGAAUAAACUCUCAGAGAACCCCAAACGGCCAGGCCGCCCACCGCAACGCCAAUGGCAAGCGCACGCUGGACGACGCCAGCGACCUUUCGGAGGAUGAACGCCCUCUGGCUAAACGCGCCAAAUCCACGACAACAUCCGCGCCAGGUAAAUCCAACGGGCGUCCUGCUGGUCGGGGCCGCAACUCGGAAGAGACAGACGACUCGGACGACGAUGCUCCUCUUGCUGUCAUGACUACAAAGGUCCCCAUGCCUGGCUCGCACAAGGCUGUCGUCGGUGCCGCAUCCUCUCGGUCAGCACGCAAAUCGGUCACGAAAACGUACAAGGAGGAAUCAGACGACGAUGGUGGGCUCCCGCCAAUUUCUUCCAAAGUCAGUCAGGACGAGGAAGACGACAAGGAUGCGUCCGACUCGGACGAUGAGCCGCUCGUCAAGAAGUCGACAAAGCCGUCCAAGCCAAGGGCCAGACCUGCGCCAAAAAAGAGAAAGAAAUCAGAAGAGAGCAGUGAUGCCUCCAUGUCAGACACAGAAACAGAGAAACCUGCAAAGAAAGCCAAAGCCCCUCCAAAGAAGCGCGUCAAAAAGGAGAUCAAAGAGGAAGACGAUAUGGACGUGGAUCAGGUCCUCUCUGGGAACAAGAAGCCGGCCAAGGAAGCAAAGGGCAAAGGAAAGGUCAAAAAGGAGGAAGAGGAGGAAGAAGUGUACAAGUGGUGGGAGAAUGAAGCCCCCGAGGGCAUCGAAGGCGACGGCACGAAGAAGUGGGACUCGCUCUCGCAUGCUGGUGUCCUAUUCCCGCCUGCAUACACUCCUCUGCCCAGCACUGUCAAGAUGCUCUACGAUGGCAAGCCUGUCGAUCUUCCGCCGGAAUCAGAAGAAGUUGCAGGCUUCUUCGCUGCCAUGCUGGACACGGAACAUGCGCAGAAUGACGUCUUCCGCAAAAACUUCUUCGAUGAUUGGAAAGAGGUUUUGAAGGAGUUCCCUCCGCGCAAUGGUAUCGUGAUCAAGUCGAUGGACAAGUGCGAUUUCCGUCCGAUGGCUGAAUACAUCGAGGCCGAAAAGGCUAGAAUUAAGCGUCUUUCCAAGGCUGAAAAGCAGGAGAUCAAAGAGAAGAAGCAGAAAGAGGAGGCACCGUAUGCAACCUGCAUGUUCAAUGGCCGCCCAGAAAAGGUGGGCAACUUCCGCGUCGAGCCACCAGGCUUGUUCCGAGGUCGUGGUGAGCAUCCAAAGAAAGGAUGCGUCAAGAAACGAGUUCGUCCUGAGGACAUUGUCAUCAAUAUCGGAGAGGGUGAAAAGGUGCCAGUUCCUGGUGUCCCUGGCAAAUGGAAAGCCGUGCAGCACGAUAAUACAGUCACGUGGCUCGCUCAUUGGAAGGAGAAUAUCAACGGCAACUGCAAGUACGUCUUCUUAGCCGCGACGAGCUCUAUCAAGGGUAAAAGCGACCGCGACAAGUUUGAACGUGCUCGUGAGCUCAAGAAUCACAUCGACCGCAUUCGCUCAGACUAUCAAAACGAUCUCAAGUCGAAGGUCACAGCGGAUCGUCAACGCGCGACUGCGAUGUAUUUGAUCGACAAGUAUGCUCUUCGAGCGGGCAACGAAAAGGGUGAAGACGAGGCGGAUACUGUGGGCUGCUGCUCUUUGCGACUCGAGCACGUGACGUUGGACAAGUCAGGCGUCGUCAUCUUGGACUUUUUGGGCAAAGACUCGAUUCGGUACUAUAAGGAGAUUGACGACAUCGAUCCACAAGUCUUCAAGAAUCUUCGCAUUUUCAAGGGCAGCGGCAAGAAGGAUUCUGACUUGCUCUUUGAUCGCGUCACGACGGCUGGUCUCAACAAUCAUCUUCGCUCUUACAUGAAGGGCCUGACCGCCAAGGUGUUCCGUACCUACAACGCAUCAACGACGUUUGAGAAGGAGCUGCUCAGCUUCGAGUUUGGACCCAACACUUUGCAACAGGAAAAGGUCAAUGCGUAUAAUGCCGCCAACAAGACGGCUGCAGAGUUGUGCAACCAUCAACGUGCAGCGUCCAAGAACCAUGCAGCUGGAAUGGCCAAGAUGUCGCUCCAGAUUAGCUACUUGAAACAUCAGCGCAUGGGAAUGUGUCGUGAGCUUUUCCACCAGGAGCCUAAGCUCAAGAAGAAGUAUCCAGAGUGGGCAGAACCUGAAUCCGACAUGGAAGACGACGAGGCUAUUGCCAAGUUUGAGGACGAGUACUAUGCCGAGAAGAAAAAGGAGCUCACUGAGGGAUGGGAGCGCACGAAGAAGACGUUGGAGGAGACUGGUGGUACUGCAGAGGAUAUUCAGACUCGCAAGGAAAAGGUCGACAAGAAGCUUGAAGAGCUGGAAACCGACUAUAAGCUUUGGGUCAAACAUCGCAAGAAGCCUGGGUAUUCGUUCCGAGGAAAGGAUGCGGACGAGACGAAGGAGUAUACUCCCGAACAGCUUGUCAAGAUGAUUGAGAAGCAGAGCGAUAUUAUUAGCAAGAACAAGCUCAAGCAGAGCGACAAGGAGAGCUUGAAGACAAUCAGUUUGACGACGAGUAAAAUCAACUAUCUCGACCCGAGCCUAUUGCGACCGGCAUGGUCUUCUAUCUCUCUGUUCUUCACGAAGACUCUCCGCAACAAGUUCCCUUGGGCGAUGGACACAAAGGAGGAUUGGAGGUUCUGA